UUGCCGCGGCUCUUUCACCGUCGCCGCCGCCGCGUUCCACUAGCGUUCCAGAAGUCUCUGGUCGUAGUGCGUUUGUGCGGCACAAGUUUUGUUCCGUGAUUCUCGCGCUCGUCGAUCCGCUGAUCUUGCAUUGUUGCUGCUGCUGCUGCUGCUGCUGCUGCUGCUGCGUUUCCAAAAAACAGCGCUACCCGAUGUCGUGUCGCUGAACGCGCGUGUACGUGAACCGGGUUGAUUUGUGUCAAGAAAAACUCGGCGUGGACAAAAGAACGGUGUAAAAAAUGAUGACAAGCCGAGACGAACCGGGGAUCGGAGAUUUCGUCCUGCUGGACGAGAUCACGAUCGAGAAGUUUAUGGAAAACCUGACGCUGAGAUUUAAUUCUGGUUAUAUUUAUACUUAUAUCGGUGAAGUCUGUAUAUCUGUAAACCCAUAUCGCUCAUUAAACAUCUAUGGUCAAGACUAUGUAAACCAAUAUAAAGGACGCGAACUGUUUGAAAACCCAGCACAUAUAUUUGCAAUUGCUGAUUCUGCACAUCGUAGCAUGAAAAUGAAUCGACAAGAUUCUUGUAUUGUUAUUAGUGGUGAAUCUGGCAGUGGUAAAACUGAAGCAUCUAAGAUUAUAAUGAAAUAUAUUGCUGCUGUCACUAAUUUAACAGGCCAAAAAGAAGUAGAACGAGUAAAAAAUAUAUUGAUUCAGUCAAACAUUAUCUUGGAAACGUUUGGAAAUGCUAAAACCAAUAGGAAUGAUAAUUCCUCCAGAUUUGGGAAAUAUAUGGACAUAAAUUUCAAUUUUAAAGGAGAUCCAAUUGGUGGCCGAGUGAUAAAUUAUUUGUUGGAAAAAUCUCGUGUAAUUCAACAACAGAUCGGUGAAAGAAAUUUUCAUAGUUUUUAUCAGGCAUUAGGAAAUACAACACAUAAAGAAACAAGCAAUUUAGGAUUAAAUCCUGAUCCUCAACAUUAUUUUUAUACAAGGCAAGGGAAAUCAUCAAUUACGUCAGCUGAUAAAUCUGAUUUUCAAGCUACAUUAAGUGCUUGUAAAACACUUGGAUUUUCAGCAUUUGAUAUAAAAACUAUUUGGAAAAUUGUUGCUGCUAUUUUACAAUUAGGAAAUGUAACAUUCUCAACUAAUGAUGAUGAUACAAUAACAGUAACUAAUUCUCAUAAUAAUCCUAUUGAACAAGUAUCUAAACUAUUAGAGGUUGAUACUCAAGACCUUCUCACAGCUCUUAGUAAACGUAUAAUUGCAGCAAAUGGAGAAGUUUUACAGAAAGCUCAUACAUUGUCCCAAGCAGAAAAUGGAAGAGAUGCAUUAGCAAAAGCAAUUUAUGAUCGAUUAUUCACUUGGAUAGUAUCAAAAGUUAAUGAAGCUUUAAUACCUUAUAUUGAGAAUAAUAAAUAUAAAGGAGGAACUGUAAUUGGAGUGUUGGAUAUAUAUGGGUUUGAAGUAUUUGAACAUAAUAGUUUUGAACAGUUUUGCAUUAAUUAUUGCAAUGAAAAACUUCAACAAGUGUUUAUAGAUUUGGUAUUACGCCAAGAGCAAGAAGAGUACCAAAAAGAAGGCAUAGCUUGGCAAGAAGUGAAGUAUUUUAAUAACCAAGUAAUAUGUGACCUUGUGGAAAAACCACAUCUGGGCAUAAUUGCUAUUUUAGAUGAAGCAUGUUUAAAUGUUGGAAAAAUAAAUGAUGAAAUGUUACUAGAAGCUAUGGACUUAAAACUUUCACAACAUAAACAUUAUUCUAGCCGACAAGUGAAUACAUUAGAUAAAGAUCUGAAACAUAAAAUCCAGUUUAAAAUUCGACAUUAUGCUGGUGAUGUAGUAUAUAACAUUUAUGGCUUUUUGGAAAAAAAUAAAGAUACCCUUUUUCAAGAUUUUAAAAGACUGCUUUACUCAUCAAACAAUUCAAUUAUUAAGGAUAUGUGGCCUGAAGGAGCUUUGGAUAUAAAAUCUACAACUAAACGGCCUGUUACUGCUGGAAAUGCAUUUAAAACAUCAAUGAUAGCCUUGGUCAAAACAUUGAAUAGUAAAAUGCCAUAUUAUGUUAGAUGUAUAAAACCAAAUGAAAAUAAGGCUCCUGUUGGGUUGGAUUAUAAAAGAGUCGUUCAUCAAGUAUCUUAUUUGGGUUUAUUAGAAAAUGUCAGAGUGCGAAGAGCUGGAUUUGCUCACAGACAGUCUUACAGUAGAUUCCUUAAAAGGUACAAAAUGAUAAGUGGUUUUACUUGGCCAAAUUAUCAAUGUAGUGAUAAAGAAGCCACUAGAGCCUUGAUAGAUGAAAAUCAAUUUUCAAAUGAUGUUAAAUAUGGAAAAACGAAACUAUUUAUUAGGUCACCUCAAACAUUGUUUACAUUAGAAAAGAUGCGAGCAGAAUUAAUUCCAGCUAUUGUUAUAUUAUUGCAAAAACAAUGGCGUGGUGCUAUUUGUCGAGCUAAGUUCAGAAAAAUGAAAGCUGCUUAUUUUAUUAUAAAAUUUUACAGACGUUAUAAAAUUCGAAUUUACAUCCAAUCUGUUUUAGAAGCACAUAGAACUUGUGAAAUGAAUUUGCAUCAUAAAAAGUCAAUAAUUUGGCCACAACCAAACUUUGCUGUUCGUCAAUUAGAACCUUCAUUGAAGUCUAUUUACAAACGAUGGAAAGCAUUUAAACUUUUAAGUCCCUACCUUAGAAGUGAAUGGCCACAAUUGCGGUGUAAGGUGCAUGCUGCCUCAUUGUUACGGGGGAAACGACCUAGUUGGGGUGGAGAACGUAUGUGGAGAGGCGAUUAUCUUUCAUCUCCAACAGAAAACGUUGAAAGUGCUAAUUUUAUGGUUGCAUUAAAUAAUUUGAAGAACUCUGAUCGGUUUAAUCAGGUGCUGUUUUCAAGUUUUAUUCAUAAAACAAAUCGUUUUAAUAAGUGUGCAGAUCGUGCAAUAUUAAUUACUGAUUGGGCCAUAUAUAAAUUAGACAUUACAAAGUUUAAACCAAUGAAAAAAGGAAUGCCCAUUCAAGAAGUUACUGGAAUGAGUGUGAGUCCAGGACAAGAUCAGUUGGUUGUAAUUCAUUCUAACCGAGGUAAUGAUCUUGUGGUUACUUUAAAAUCAACAGCUGAUUCAAGUGAAGACAGAAUCGGUGAACUUAUUGGAGUUAUUAGCACUAGAUAUUUCCAAUUAAGAAAUUCAGAGUUACCAGUAAAUGUAUCCAACAAAUUCAAUUGUAUGUUAGGCAAAAAAUCUCGAUUACUACGUGUUGAAGUCAACCCUCAAACAUCAAGUGCAAGUUUUCGAAAAGAUGGGAAUGAUGGUAUUGUAUAUAUUAUACCAUCAAAUGUUGUCCAUCCAUUCAUCAAGGCUUAGAUAAUUUUAACAAUUUUACUGUCCUCAAACUAAUUUUUUUCAUAUUGUAAAAGAAUCCUUGAGUACAAAAUCAAAACUUAAGUAAAUGCCCUCACUAAAAUUAUUUUAUUGAUAAUCUAUUAGUAUAACAAUAUUGAUAACUUCCUGUUAAAUUUUAAUAUGGGCUGA